AUGAACGACCACGCCGUCCCGACCUGCAGCGACUACGGCUCACCUUUCGACUUCGCCGACGCCGACCUCGUCCUACGCUCGUCGGACGGCAAAAACUUCCACGUGCACCGCAUCGUACUUGGCCUCGCCUCCACCGUCAUCCGCGACUUCCCCUUCGAGCUCAGCCGCCUCCCGGAAGACACCCACGACGGUAAACCCGUCUUCCCCCUCUCCUCCGAAUCAAGCACGGCGGUCGCCCACUUCCUCCAACUCGUAUACCCUCUCCCUCCCCCCACGUUCGCCACGCUCGCGGAGGCGCACGCCGUGCUCGAAUUCGGGCGCAAGUACGGCGCGGAGCAGGUCCUCCGUCGGGUAAGCGACACGUUGCUCGCCGGCCCGCUGCUCGCGACGCAGCCGCACGGCGUCUACGCGCUCGCGUGCGGGUACGAGAUGGCCGGACCGCUGAUCGAGCGUGCCGCGCGGAACGCGGCGUCCCGCCCCCUCAUGCAGGAGAAGGAACCGGCCGUGCUCGGGUGCAUCAGCGGGCACGAGCUCUUCCGCUUGCUGGAGUACCGCUCCGCGUGCGCAGACGCGGCGCUCCAGGUCCUCGACGAGACCCGACUCCGGUCGCCGCUCCUGCAGAAGCGCACGUGGGCGUGGAUCCGAUGCGCUGAGAUGCCGGGAUACUGCCCGGAAUCGACCUGGUUCUUGUCGCCGCUGCAUGGGCGGCCGGGCAACUACGGGUACGUCAAGGAGUGGUGGGCGGAGUACAUGCGCAACGUGAGGGCGGCGAUCAAGGCAGGGACGAACCCGGUCGAAGCGCUCUCCAAUCCUACGCUCCAAGGUGCCGCGUUGGUGAAGGCGGGAGCGUGUCCGACGUGCAGGAAGACCGCCGCAAGCGACAUGAAGGUGUUCGUAGAGCUCAUCAAGAGCGAAGUCGAGGAUCGAGUGUCCGCGGUUAAAUGUACCCCUGUAAAGGCUGGACCAGCGUGA